AAAAUAUUUUACUUUUUAUGUUUCAAUUCGAAAGUUUUGUGAAAUUGUUUAAAGGGCGAAUGAAUAUUGAAAUGUAAUGAAAUUCAACCAACUGCUGCCGAAAUGGACAGUACAUCUGACAGUGAUAAACAACAAGAAUUAACAGAUUUAAGUAGAAAAUGCAGAAUAUGUCUUCAGUCUGGUUCAGAGAUGAACUCGUUUUUUGAUAUAUAUUAUGAAGAUUUAACUUUGGCGAAUGUUUUCAAAACUAUCACAUCAUAUGAGGUUUCCGAAGAUGAUAGGUUACCAAAAAAUAUUUGUGAAAGUUGUAGUGAAGUAGUCAUAAAUUUCAAUAAUAUGAUAUCAGUUUUCCAAGAAAAUGAAGAAUAUCUCAACAAACUCAUUUGUCAAACAAGGGUACAAUUUACUGAAGACAGGGAAUAUGUUGGUGUAGAUAGUGAAGUUGAAUUCAUAAAUACAAACUGCCUAGAGAACAAUGAAAAUCUUGAGAAAAUUGAAUAUUUUGAUGAGAGUAAUCUAGAUAGUGUUGUUGAAUAUGGAGGAGUGGAAGAAACCAUAGAAGAUGAAGGAGAAUCAAGGUCUUCGCCAGAAAACUGUGAUGAGAAUUACAGUUCCGAAAAACACAUAGAGGAACCUGACCCUAAUGAUGAAAUUAAAGAAAAUGUCAAAAAACAAUAUCAUAAAAGUGAGCCUUACAUCGAUAAGUAUGAGAUAAUUGAAAAUGGGGAGUAUAAUCGGGUGCAAACUGUAAAAUAUACUUGUGAUUGUGGGGACUGUUUCUUACAUAAAGCAGGAUUUCGUCAACACAUGCAGUCAAAACAUAAUACUACAGUGGAAGAGGGUGAUCUGGAUAAAUAUACCACUGAAAUUAAAUUAAAAAUUCCUACAGGUUUUCCAACUAAUAUUGAGUAUGUUCCUUCUAGAAUUACUGUGAGAAAAAACAAAUUACAAUGUAGAAUAUGUACGUUAUGCUUCUCUUCCCCCAUUGAAGUUAAGCAGCAUGAAGAAAUACAUAAAACUCAUGUUUGUCAUCAUUGCGGUGCAGCAUUUCUGAAAAAACAUUAUCUUACAGAUCAUCUACAUAUACAUUCAGAAGACAGACACUACAAGUGCAAGAUUUGUGGAAAAACAUUUCGACAUAGACACACUUUAAGUGUUCACAGAAAAACACAUGAUGUAGCUAGAAGUUUUGUAUGUGAGACUUGUGGAGCAGGUUUCAGAGCAAGGUGCACUCUUUACACUCAUAAAAGGUUGAAACAUACCAAUGAAAGGAACUUCCCCUGUACAGCAUGCAAUUUGAGAUUCAAUCUAAAAUCUACGCUAGAUAAACAUUACUCAAGGAAGCAUACUAGUAACAGAGAAAAAAAAUUUGUUUGUACUAAAUGUGGUGCCGCAUACUUGAAUAAGACGACUCUGACAAGACAUGUUGCUGAAAAGCAUUUAGGAAAGGCUAAGACUUAUCCCUGUAACAUUUGUGAGAAUAAAGUAUAUGUUAUGAAAAAAAGUCUUGGAGCACACUUACAAAAUAAACAUAAUAUUUUUUAAUGCUGUUUAAUUUCUUGUGAAAAAAAAUGUUUGUGUCAAGUGGACAGUCAGUGAGAGCUUGGUUCCCAUCUUAUUGAAGCAGUAGCCAGGUAAUCAUUUCAACAACUGACUGCAAAUUCCUUUCGAUAUUCCCAGACCUUUGUUUUAGAUAGGGAAUGAAAUUUGGAUCAUCGUAGCUUUGGUAGAAAGCGGAGAUAAGUUUAACAAAAUCUUCGCCGGAUGUACUUAAACUUUAAUAAAUAGUUAUUGUACUCAUA